GUUGUUUGGUGACGACCUCGAAAAGGCGCACAAGGCUCUCAGAGCCAUGCUGCGCGAGAUCGAGGCACUGCCAGCGGCCUUCGCCAGAGGCGCGGUGGACGCCUUCCGCGCCGCCGCUGUGGAGGGACAGCUGGGCUUUGAUGGCACCGCCAAGGUACUCGAAGGCUUGGACUUGUCCUCUUUCGUGAGCGGCAGCGAAGACCUUCCACUCGGCGCUGGCGAAGAGUGGCAGAGACUAUGGAGGCUUUGGAAGAGCGAGGCUGACACGGUGGACGAGCAGUGCUUCUUGUGGUUGGCCUGGCGCGCUCACAGGUUCAGCGAGCCCGGCUUCGUAAAGGAGGUGGCCCUGCCGCUGUUCAGGCACUUGGACCUAAACAGCGACAGCUUCGUGAGCCUCAAGGAGCUGGAGGCAGCCCUUGCCGAGGGCGAAGUGGCAGCAAACCAGGACAAGUCCCGGGAGCAGCAGAAGACGGACCUGCUGCAGCUGUUGCUCUACCAUGCGCCCAGGGAGGCUGGCAAAGAGCCCGCGGUGAGUCUUCAGAGUUUCCUGGCCUGGAUGUGCGACGCCCAGGACCUGGCAGCCAUGCGGAAGGCCUCCGCCAUUCGUCCAGUGGAGUGCCUUCUCCGCUUUGACCGUGGCGUGAUCUUUCUGCGCCCGUUGGAUGUGCACGCCUGCGUGCACGAGGAGCUGCAGCCUCCGGUGCAAAAGAUCGUGGAGGAUGCUAAGACGGCCACGCAAGAAGCACGCCAGGCGGCCGAAGAAGCCCGGAAAGCGAAGGAGGAGCUGUUCGCUCAGGCAGCGCCAAAGCUAGAGGCACCAGCGCCAGCAAACUCCACACCGGGGCCGGAAGCUGCGCCAGCGGCUAGGCGGCUGAACGAGGCCAUGAUCGAAGAGGCCACGGAGGAGCCGGUCAAGAUGCAGACUGCGGACCACAUCGAGGAGGCUCCGGUCUUCUCCCCGGCGCCCCGCGAGAAGAGCCGAGAGACGCGGCGGAAGGUCGCGUCGCCCAAAAGGAUCCACAUUUCCGUGACGGAC